AUGGGAGUUGAAGAUGAACGAGGAGACCGCGGUCAAACCCGAAAAAUAGUUAAUUUUGUUUUGCAACAAGAGAAUAUUGAUCCUCGGCGCCAAGGAAGUUCGGGCGGAAGUGCGAUUUAUUUGGCUUUGUUAAGUGUUCUACACCAAAAACCAAUUUCCCACUCAGUGGCCGCUACCGGUAACCUAAUAAUGUCAGAGCAGAAAGGAAUGGUUAAUGGUCGAGAAAUUCUUUUAGCAUCAGGGACUAACUUGCCAAUCGCUGGUCUCGAAGAGAAAGUUGCUGCUUGUGCUGAAAAAGGGCUUAACCGGUUAGUACUCUCCAAAUACCAAACUGCCCCUCUUUUAUCCUCCUGA